AUGGCUCCUACUGUGUUCGUUGGAGAAAUAUUGGCUGUUAUAAUUGCAUUCGUAGGAGCUGAUGCGAUCUCAGCAUCUCCAACACAGAUCUCAUUAACUCCAACAACUCUGCCAUCCCCUACAAAACCUAAGAACCUCUCAUCAACUAACAAAACCCAAUCAUCUCAAACAACCACAUCCAUCUCGACACUAUCAACACCAUCAUCAACACCAACUACAUCAACACCAGCACCCUUAUUAACCAUGUCAACAUUCACAUCGACACCAGCAACCCUUACUUCAUUAACUAUAACAACACAACCAACCCCUUCAACGAACCCAUCGGUGCUUUCAUCAAUCGCAUCAUCUCCAACGACGGCCUCAACAGCAAUAGCAACACCAACAACUCCGACGAAGUCUUGCGCCGAAUCCUGGUCGUACUAUGAGGGGUGGUGCUAUGGCUACUUCAGGGAUCCAGUGAACUUUGGCAGCGCCUUGUCGACGUGUCGGACGAUUGCGGGUUUGGAAGCGGAUUUGGUAUCAAUACACAGUGACGCUGAGAAUGCGUUCGUCUAUGACUUAUGGGUGAGCUUGGAGGAAUACAUUGGUGAAUUGUUAUGGAUCGGGUAUCAUCAACCGACGAAUGGGGUUUUGGAACCCUUCGUUUGGACUGACGGGACACCGGAUGAUUACGCCUCGUGGGAACCAACACAGCCCGACGAUGAGGGAGGAAACGAAAACUGCGUGUCUUUCUGGCGCAGGAACCCCUCAGAUGACGCAGCGAAGCCUUGGAACGAUGUGCCGUGUGACAUCGUCACUGCCCCUUUCGUCUGCAAGGCAGCUAUCUAA